CCUCUGUCCCUGCUUGUCUCCCAGGGAGUGGACGAAGGACCAGAUGGGCUGAGGCUGAUCUCGGACAUCAUCCACGAGAAACUGGGAAUAGAGAUGAGCGUCCUCAUGGGGGCCAAUAUCGCUAACGAAGUGGCAGGAGACAAGUUCUGUGAAACCACCAUUGGCUGCAGGAAUAUGCAGCAUGGGCAGGCACUGAAGGAGCUGAUGCAGACGCCGAAUUUCCGGGUGACGGUGGUGCAGGAAGCUGACACCGUGGAGAUCUGCGGUGCUCUCAAGAACAUCGUGGCUGUAGGAGCUGGUUUCUGUGACGGGCUCGGCUAUGGAGACAACACGAAGGCUGCCGUGAUCCGUCUGGGACUGAUGGAGAUGAUUGGCUUCGCCAAACUGUUCUGUAAGGGCCCCGUCACCCCUUCCACCUUCCUGCAGAGCUGCGGCGUCGCCGCCCUCAUCACUCCCUGCUAUGGUGGCCGCAAUCGUAAAGUGGCUGAGGCUUUUGCCAAGACUGGGAAGCCUAUUGAGCAGCUGGAGAAGGAGAUGUUGAACGGGCAGAAGCUGCAGGGUCCCCAGACGUCUGCUGAGCUGCAUCGCAUCCUUAAAAGCAAGAACGUAGUGGAGAAGUUCCCGCUCUUCACAGCGGUGUAUCAGAUCUGCUACGAGGGCAGACCUGUUACUGAUUUCAUCAAGUGUCUCCAGAACCACCCUGAGCACAUGUAAGUGGGCUCUUUCUGCAAAACCACCAAUCUUGCCAAGAUGAAUGGAGAGCUCCUGUCUGCCACCAACUCGCUCUGCUGCUACAGCUUUGUAAGGAAUCCAGAUCUCCUGGGAGCCUUUGCAGAGUGC